ACAGCAGCUCUGGCAUUGUGUGAAAGUCUAACGGAAGAGAUAUCACAACCAACUCCCCCCACACCUUGCUCCAAUGAUGAUCUGUCAACACCUCUCAGUGAACAUUCCAUUGGCCCUCCAUCUCCUGGUAUUCUGGUUGAUAAUCAUUCAACACAGCCGCGUCCAACACAUCCAUCACAUGUUACACGAGGAAAGAGGACGCGAACAGUUCCCCCCUCGCCAUUGGUGCGCCAGCUGAUGGAAAUGGGCUUUGCUCGUAAAAGUGUAGAACAUGCUAUUAAGGCUUUAGGAGGCCUUGGAACUGAAGUGACACCCAGCCCCGAGUCCCUAGUUCUUUGGUUGAUAGAACAUGCUGAUCUCACGCUGUCAGACUCCGACAGUGCUCCAGAUGUCCUUGACUCAGAUGCUGAUUCACUCACUGAUGAAUUCAAUGAUGAGCCACCAUUGUUAGAGUCAUCUCCUGUUGUGGAAGUAUAUCGUAAACGUUCAGAAUUCACCAGUAAUGAUGAAUAUGCUAUGUAUGUUCGGGAUCAUAUCUGCCCUGGGAUGACUGUGCGGUGCUGCAGAACUUAUGAAGAGGUUCAUGAAGGUGAUAUUGGGCGUGUUGUGCGUGUGGAUCGAGGAUCUCUCCACAACCUUAAUGUUCAGGUGGACUGGCAACGGAAGGGUGGAACUUACUGGGUGCGCUACAUCCAUAGUGAGCUCCUGGACCAACCUCCUCCUCCAUUAGCAGCAAGUGGACCCAUAAGAGUGGGUGACAGAGUGAGAGUCAAGAGCUCUGUCAACACGCCAAAGUACAAAUGGGGAUCUGUCAAUCACCGUAGCAUUGGUGUGGUAACAAGUGUGAGUACAAAUGGCCAAGAUCUGAUCGUUGACUUCCCACAACAACCUAAUUGGCAAGGUUUAGUUAGUGAGAUGGAGGUGGUACCAUCAUGUCAUAUGAAUGUCACCUGUGAUGGCUGUGGUGUUUCACCCAUAACAGGUGCCCGACUGAAAUGCAAAGUUUGUGACAAUUUUGACUAUUGUGAAGAAUGUUAUCAGACAAAGAGAAGUCAUCGACAUUUGUUUAACCGUAUUGCUGAACCAGGGAGUCCAGCUGUGUAUGCAGGGCCCCCAGGCAGAGGACGUUUCCGCAAAAAGGAAGGAAUCCUGGGAGGUGCCGACGGUACAAUUGAGGACUGGUACCGUUGUGUUAGGAACCUUAGUGUGUCAUCCAGAGAAAAUUGGGCUCAUCGACUGAUUGAUGGGACAGGGAGCUACUGGCAGAGCUGUGGACAGGAAGGCAAGCAUUGGAUUCACCUGGAGAUGCAGCCCAACAUUGGUAUAGAGUGGUUGCGUAUGUUAGUGGACCCAGCAGAUAGCUCGUACAUGCCUACAUUAGUUGUGAUUAGUGGUGGGGAUUCCCUUGCCAAGAUGCGAGAGUUAGCGACUAUCAGAAUAACCCCGUCAGACACUUGGGUCACCCUCCUACGGAAUGUGAAAGAAUACAUGAAAUAUAUUGAAAUUGGCAUCAAGCAGUGCAAGAGUGGAGGCAUUGAUUGUCGUGUACAUGGUCUGGCAAUUAUGGGAAAAUUAGUUGAUGAAUUUGGUGACCCUGCCUCAACAGUGUCUUUCCUUGCUUCUGACAAUGAAGACGUAGAGGAUGAGAUCACUGAGAUGACAAGGAAGAGCCUAACUUCAACCAUAUGCUUCGAUGGUGAACCAAAAGUCUUAGUUUGGGGCCUCAAUGACAAGGACCAGCUGGGUGGGCUCAAGGGCUCAAAAGUCAAGAUGCCAGUCCUCUCGGAGACACUUAGUAGCCUCCACCCAGUCCACGUUGCUGGAGGAUCAAAGUCCCUCUUUGUGGUGUCACAGGAAGGGAAGGUAUAUGCAUGUGGAGAAGGAACAGGCGGAAGGCUUGGCCUUGGUCACUGUAACAACAUCACAGUUCCUCGCCAGAUAACAGCACUGAGUCAGUAUGUUGUGAAGAAAGUAGCUGUUCAUUCAGGUGGUCGCCAUGCUAUGGCUCUCACUGUGGAUGGGAAGAUAUUUUCUUGGGGAGAAGGUGAAGAUGGAAAACUAGGCCAUGGAAAUCGCACUAGUUAUGACAAGCCAAAACUCAUUGAAUCUCUGAAGUCAAAGCGUAUAAGAGACAUUGCCUGUGGAAGCUCCCACUCAGCAGCGAUUACAUCAAGUGGAGAGCUCUAUUGUUGGGGCCUUGGAGAAUAUGGUAGACUUGGGCUUGGUGACACAACCACUCAGUUGAAACCCAAACUGGUGAAGGCCCUCCAUGGACAAAGAGUUGUGCAGGUGGCAUGUGGAAGUCGUGAUGCUCAGACACUUGCCCUAACAUCAGAAGGAAUGGUCUACUCAUGGGGUGAUGGUGAUUUUGGGAAGUUGGGGCGUGGAGGAUCAGAAGGCUGUUCCUUGCCACAAAACAUUGAGCGUCUUAAUGGUCUUGGAGUCUGUCAGAUAGAAUGUGGAGCUCAGUUUUCACUGGUUCUCACUAAAGCUGGACAGGUUUGGACUUGGGGCAAAGGAGACUACUUUAGGCUGGGUCAUGGCACAGACCAGCAUGUACGUAGACCAACCAUGGUGGAAGGUUUGCGGGCAAGAAAAAUGUUGGUACAUGUUGCUGUUGGAGCUUUGCAUUGCCUAGCUGUGACAGAAGCAGGACAGGUGUAUGCAUGGGGUGACAAUGAUCAUGGCCAGCAAGGUAAUGGAACAACUAUAGUGAAUCGACGACCAGCCCUUGUCUGUGGUCUAGAAGGUGUAAGGGUUGCUCGUGUAGCCUGUGGAUCUUCUCACAGUGUUGCUUGGACUGCCCCUGACCCUCCUCUGCCAGCUGCAACAGAGCCAGUCAUGUUCACAACUACAAAGGACCCCUUGGGAGCCCAUGCACUGGGAGUGGUAGAACCUCUAGGAGGAGAUACGGUCACAAAUAGCAAUUCUCCUGGCAGUAGUGGAGGUUCACCAAUCAAUCCAUCAUUGUCACGGGUGGUGUUAACCCUUGAGUCAUCUGCAGCCAGGCAAGCAGCUCUACAGCACAUACUAAAUGCACUGCAGGUUAUGUUUGCACGUGACUGUGUUAUUGCAGCCCUGGAUUCCACAGCAGCAGCCUUGUCUCAAACAAAGGAGGAAUUACAUGCUUGUGAAGUGGUUACAAAAAUCAGUGGACUACAGACUCCAGAGUCAAUGACAGAUGCCAUUGCAGAGACCUCAUCAUCACUCUCCAGUCCCAAUGGAGGUGAAAUAGCCGAAGGUGGUGGUGAGGCACCUGCUUCUGCCCUGGAUGCUGCUGCUGUGCCUGCAGCUCUGAGUUGUGGAACCAGUCCUGACAGUGAGGAGAGUGUCCUACUGCAGCUGGCCUCUGUACCCUCUACUGGGUCCUUAUCCUCAAGAGCCUCAAGACUUUCUCACUCGGCUAUGAGUAUUCUUGCAGCUACUCUGACAACAAAGGCUGAUGUAGUUUCUGAGGAGGCUGAACUUCCUGAAGAUGAUGUGAUAUGUAAUGGAUUAGAUGAGUUCACAAGAAAGUUAACUGAGGAUGACGCACGAGUUCUUGUUGACCUCCUGAAACUAGCUGUGGCAGGUCGAGCUGGACCACAGGCCUCCCCUGCUAUCACUAGAGUUCUUACAGGACUGGCUAAGGAGAAUCCCACAGUUGCUGGUAUGCUGACAGAGCUUUGUGUGACAGAGCUAGAAGAUGCAGCUACAGACACUGAGGCCAUGCGAUCUGUGCCACAGCCAGUGGUGCAGGAGAGCUCUCAUCCUUACACAGAUGAUGUUACCCUCACUGGUGUUGUCAAAAUACCUGGUGCUGAAGCCCUUAGAGUAGAAUUUGAUCGACAGUGUUCUACUGAGAGGAAGCACGAUCCCUUGACCAUAAUGGAUGGCUCAGGGAAAGUCAUCUGUACACGCUCAGGAAGAGAGUGGUCUGACUGGUCUACAGAAGUGAGAAUUGCAGGGGAUGAGUUGAGAUGGAAGUUCACCAGUGAUGGCUCUGUGAAUGGAUGGGGAUGGAGGUUCACAGUGUUCCCUCUCAUGCCUUGCGCUGCACCACGAGACCUGCAUAGUGACCGGCGUCUCCUUUCACGACCUUUAGUGGAUUUGCCGAUGUGCUUGUUGGACUCUCUGCUCCCACUGUGUACCCAGAGUGUUAUCUUGUCAAGAUUGGCUGCUUCCCUUGCUAUGUGUGCUCAGUUGUCAUCUCUAGCUCCCAGCCAACGGAUGUGGGCUCUCAAAACGCUCCGUAAAAUUGUAACAACGGAUAUUGGAUCAGGGCUCAAUAUCAAAGCCCUGUUAUCUGCAUCAUAUUCAUCCAGCUCUACACCUGCCCCAUCUCGACCCAUUUCUCCAGUGCCACAAGCAGCAAUAUCCCAGAGCUUGCCUGCACCUCAAUCACUUGUGCCACCCACCCCACAGUCACUUGCUCCACCUGCCCCACAAUCAUUGCGUGGUAGCACAGAAAGCCUUGAAUCCUCCAGCAGUCUUGUCAAGCCUCAAAUUGAAGUAAAACAAGCUCCUGAAAUGCCACUUGUAAGCCUCCUGAAAGGCUUACCAGAGGCUUUGCUACGUCAGGCAGAGUAUGAAGAUCCUUUAGUGAGGGGAGGAAAACACCUUAUGCAUUCUCAAUUCUUCAAGGUAUUGGUUGGCUUAGCUUGUGACCUGGAACUGGAUAGUGGUGUUGGUUCUGGAGAGGCUCAUAAGUGGGCAUGGUUCCGAAGGUAUUGCGUAGCAUCAAGGGUUGUCAAGUCCCUUAUUGACAGGAUAUCUCUGCCCAAUGGCUUUUGUGCUGAUGUCCGUAAAAAACUGUCAGAAAUGCUUGGUGAGGGUGAGGUCCUUACAUUAGAGCAUGAGGAUCAUACUCUAUUUCAGCAUCAGCAUGAUGAACAGCUAUUGCUUUGGUUCAACAGACGGCCAGAAGACUGGACUUUGUCUUGGGGUGGAAGUGGUAGCAUUUUUGGCUGGGGACAUAAUCACCGUGGCCAGCUUGGAGGUGUAGAAGGUGCCAAAGUCAAGUUGCCUACGCCAUGUGACACCUUGACAGCACUGAGACCUGUGCAGCUCAUUGGUGGAGAACAGACACUCUUUGCUGUUACAGGGGAUGGAAAGGUGUAUGCUACUGGCUAUGGUGCUGGAGGAAGAUUAGGCAUUGGUGGAGUGGAAUCCGUAUCAACUCCAACCCUUCUCGAGUCAAUUCAGCACAUUGUGAUCCGUAAAGUAGCUGUCAACUCUGGGGGAAAGCACUGUCUUGCUCUCACAGCUGAUGGAGAUGUGUAUUCAUGGGGUGAAGGAGAUGAUGGCAAAUUAGGCCAUGGGAAUAAGAGCCCAUAUGAUCGGCCAAGGCUUAUUGAAACAAUGCAAGGGAAAGGUGUGGUGGAAAUUGCUUGUGGAGGAGCUCAUUCUGCAGCCAUCACAGCUUUAGGAGAACUAUAUACCUGGGGCAAAGGAAGAUAUGGUAGGCUUGGCCAUGGUGACUCAGAGGACCAAUUCCGACCAAAAUUAGUCGAAGAGCUAGUAAGGUAUAGGGUUAUUGAUGUUGCUUGUGGUUCUGGAGAUGCUCAGACCUUGUGCAUCACCGAUGAUGAUAACGUGUGGUCCUGGGGCGAUGGGGAUUAUGGGAAGCUGGGACGUGGUGGUUCGGAUGGUUGUAAAGUUCCCAUGAGGAUAGAUGGAUUAGCCAAUCAAGGGAUUAUUAAGGUUGAAUGCGGUUCCCAGUUUUCAGUGGCCUUAUCCAUGUCUGGUUCUGUAUACACUUGGGGCAAAGGGGACUAUCAUAGAUUAGGUCAUGGCACUGAUGAUCAUGUGAGAAGGCCUCGUAAGGUUACAGCUUUGCAGGGGAAGAAGGUUAUCAGCAUUGCUACAGGAUCACUUCAUUGUGUAUGCUGCACUAGUGAAGGUGAGGUCUACACAUGGGGAGAUAAUGAUGAGGGCCAGCUUGGUGACAGUACAACUAAUGCUAUACAGAGACCUCGACUUGUCAUGGCUCUACAGGGUAAGAAGAUCAACCGUGUUGCUUGUGGAUCAGCACACACUUUAGCUUGGAGCACCAGUAGGGCAGUUAGUACAGGACGUUUGCCUUCGCAAGUCCCUCUGGAGUAUGACCUUCUCAAGGAAAUUCCUCUCCAUUCCCUGAGGAACAGAUUGGUCCUGCUGCACCAUUUCUCUGACUUGGUGUGUCAGAGCAUUUCAAUGUUUGACCUUUGUGAAACCUCAGAAGAGGAAGAAGGGCCAAAAGUUGACAGGUUAAGAGCCAUAAUUGUAUCCAGUGCAAAGGAAACGGCUUUCAAGAAGGUUGUGCAAGCCACAAUGGUAAGGGAUCGUCAGCAUGGACCCAUUGUUGAGCUGAACCGCAUUAGUGUCAAGAGGUCGCGCUCUAGGGGUGGUCUGGCUGGCCCAGAUGGCAUGAAGUCUGUGUUUGGGCAAAUGGUGGCCAAAAUGUCUCUCAUGUCACCAGACGCCUUGUUCUUGCCACAUCGUGUCUGGAAGGUUAAAUUUGUUGGUGAGAGUGUGGAUGACUGUGGUGGUGGAUACAGUGAAAGUGUAGCUGAGAUGUGUGACGAGUUGAUGAAUGGGUCAUUGCCACUUCUUAUCCCCACGCCUAACGGACGAGAUGAAGCCGGAACCUCACGCGAUUGUUUCCUUAUGAAUCCCCAGGCUAAUUCUCAACAUCAUAUGAACAUGUUUACUUUCUUGGGAGUAUUGAUGGGCAUUGCCAUCAGAACAGGAAGCCCACUCAGCCUCAACUUAGCAGAACCUGUUUGGAAACAACUGGCUGGGAUGGCAUUGACCCCAGCUGACAUCACUGAGGUUGAUCGCCAUUACGUACCUGGGUUGAUGUGCGUCCAACAAAUGGAAGGUGACGAGAAAACUUUUACCAGUCUUGAUCUACCUUUCACCACCACCUCAGCUGCUGGUAAUGAAGUGCCAUUAUCCAGUCGACACUUACGGAUCACAAUGUCUAACAGACAUGAGUAUGUUCGUCUUGCACUCAAUUACAGACUUCAUGAAUUUGAUGCACAAAUAGCAGCAGUUCGUGCAGGCAUAGCCAGAGUGGUACCUGUACCCCUUCUGUCUCUAUUUACACCCUAUGAACUUGAAACAAUGGUGUGUGGCUCUCCAGAUAUUCCCCUAAAUCUUCUAAAGAGUGUCGCAACAUAUAAAGGUGUGGAAGCAACAGCACCUCUAGUCCAAUGGUUUUGGGAGGUAAUGGAAGAAUUCAGCACAGCUGAACGAUCUCUUUUCCUUCGUUUUGUGUGGGGCAGGACACGUCUUCCUCGUACCAUUGCUGACUUCCGAGGACGAGACUUUGUGUUCCAGGUGUUGGAUAAGUAUACUCCACCUGACCAUUUCCUGCCAGAGUCAUAUACAUGCUUUUUCCUCCUGAAAAUGCCACGAUAUUCUUGCAAGGCUGUUCUUCGUGAGAAAUUGAAAUAUGCUAUUCAUUUCUGCAAGAGUAUUGAUACAGAUGACUAUGCUAGAGUGGCAAUGACAGGCGCUGGUGUGGAAGAGAAUGGAGCUUCUGAGUCAGACACAGAUGACUGGGAUUCCAUUGGCAGUGAUGAGCCCAUGGCAGAUUGUGUCUCACUUUAUUCCACAUAAAGCAACAAGAGGUAUAUUAACUAAGUUUGUAGAGUUGGAUCACAUUCCCUGUUACCUUUCAGAGAAACUGCUUAGAUAGGAUAAGACUUAACAGGGAAGUUUUGUAAGAUUUUCCAUGGCUGACAGUGUAUAGUAAUGUCAGCUGCUAAAAAAACAUGACCUUUUUUGUGAUAAUUAGGAAAGGUUCCAAAGAGUGUAUUCAUGAGAUUUUUCAACUAGUCAAUUUUGAAAGGGAUGGAUGAUUGACUUUGUAUUUUGUGAUAUGUACAGCUGCCGUAUAUUGGAUGAUAAUUAGGUAACUGGUUUUAUUUUGAGUAGUAUGAUGUGUUGACAUUAGAUGCAUAUAACAGAAAAAUAUGAGUAGAUAUUUUUUCAGUUGAAUAUAUAUAUUAAUGUCUUGAGUUAAUAGAUAGCUGAGUUCCUGGAGAUUGUAUUGUAUUUUAUGUGACUAGACUAACAGAAUUCAUGCAAGCUAUGAUCCAUAUUUAGACAAUGAUAUAUAUGAUGUUUGUACUUCAGAGUUUAGUUGUCUGAGACAACUGUAAACUUACAUGUAUAUGAUAACAUGUCUGUAUUUGUAGUAAUCACUAUCCAACUGAUACAAGUAAUUAGUACAAGUUAUUUAGGAACAGCAAUACUGCUGUACUAAAGUGCAUGGGAUGCCAUCCAUUGUAUACACAGACAGGAUAAAAUUGACAAAAUCAAAAAUGUUGGAGCAAUGACAUUUUCUGAGCUUUCUGUGCUAGUAAUUUAGAGAGCAUUUGCAAAGGUUUUAAUAAAUUCUCCCUUGUUCCAUCUUUCAUAAAACAUAUAACUAUGAAAAUGUGGGCUUUGUAAUGCUUUAAAAAGUGUGUGAAUUGUUUUGUAAUUUAUAUAAAUCUUGCUUGUCUUUAUAACACACGCUUAAAAAAAAAAUCCAAAAAAUGCACUUGCAACACUUUAUUAGAAUUAUAAACUAAGAAUAUAAAGUAAUCAUACUUUAGAGAACUGGUCAGUCUUUUACACCUAAGUUCUUCCAAGAAAACACAGCAUAGGACUGUUUUUGCACAAGCAACAUGGGACUAUCUGAUUGCAUGGACCUAUGUGUCAUGACGCAUUUACAUUUUUUCCAGGUUCAGCAGGUAUUCUAAUCACUAGAUUGUUUUAAAAUGCAUGUAGUUUCUACAUCAUUUGUAAAUAGUAUGCUUAAAGAUGUUUACUUGUACAUUCUUGCAAAUACCAUAUUUUAUGUAUAAAGAAAAUCUGCAUGAAGAAACCAGCUAUUGACUGUAAAAUUCUUUGAAUUUCCUAUAUGUGGUUCCAGCUGAAAGGUUGUGUUGUAGCUUUAUUAGUAACAAAUUUCUUAUCUUUCAUUUGUUUGACAUCAUGGCUAGCUAAAAGCAUUAGGUGUUGGAAAGUGCUUCUCAUGUAUCCAGGCAUUAAUUGUAGAUUGUAGACAGACAUCCAACUUAAAUAAAACCACUCCUUACAAAAUAGGUUAAUAUGGACAUGGAGGCAGACACGUUAGCAAUAUAGGGAUCAUUUUCAGAUGCAAAUGUUGGAAAGAUGGAGGAACAGCUGAUAAAAAUUGUGUUAAAACUUGACUGGAGGAAAUUUAAUGGCACGUGAAGAAAUUAUAUAAAAAGACGUUUUGCAGUUCAGUUUUUGUUAUUAUUAUUGUUAUUUUUUAUGAGUGUAAUUGGAUCAAGAGUUGAAAGACACAUGAUUUAAGAAUGUGUACUAAAUAAAGAUAUAAAUUAU